GCAAAAUAUAAAAGCAGACAAAGUUCACACAUAGCUUUGGGUCCAAGCUUUUCACGCCGGCGAGAAGGUCAGCCUCUCCGCCUCCGCCUUUCUCCUUUUUCUGUAUUAGGUGUCCAUAAUCAUACUCGUUUUUUGUUAUCAGUUCGAUCUUGCGUUGAAGGAUCUCAAAUUCUCAAAGAAAGCCAACAUAUACAGGAAAGAAAAAUGGUGAGAGGAUUGUUGGGAAAAAUCGCCCGUCGCUCGCUCUCCGUCGCCGGGAAAUGGCAACAGCAACAGCUCCGCCGUCUCAACAUACACGAGUAUCAGGGAGCAGAGUUGAUGAGCAAACAUGGAAUAAACGUUCCGAAAGGUGUGGCAGUUGGUUCUGUUGAUGAAGUUAGAAAGGCGUUGCAAGAAGUGUUUCCUAAUGAGCGUGAGGUGGUUGUGAAGUCUCAAAUCCUUGCUGGUGGUCGAGGACUGGGAACUUUCAAGAGUGGUCUCCAGGGGGGAGUUCAUAUUGUAAAGGCUGAGCAGGGAAGAUGCUUGGGCAGAUACUUGUUACUAAGCAAACUGGGCCUCAAGGAAAAGUUGUCAGCAAGUUCAAGGUUCACUGAGGCUCUGUGUAAUUAUCAUCAGUUGUAUGAUCAGGCAGCUUCUGAUGGUUAUGAAGUGUAUUUGGCUGAGAAGCUAUCCCUAGUCAAUGAGAUGUAUUUUGCCAUUACUCUUGAUCGCAUAUCUGCUGGUCCUAUUAUUAUUGCCUGCAAAAAGGGAGGAACCAGUAUUGAAGAUCUUGCAGAGAAACACCCGGAGCUGAUUGUAAAGGUGCCAAUUGAUGUUUUCACCGGAAUUACUGAUGAGGAUGCCGCCAAGGUGGUUGAUGGUCUAUCUCCCAAAGUGGCUGAUAGAAAUGCAUCGAUUGAACAAGUGAAGAAGUUGUAUGAACUUUUCUGCAAAUGUGAUUGCACACUGUUGGAGAUCAAUCCAAUUGCUGAGACCUCCGAUAAGCAGUUAGUUGCUGCUGACGCAAAACUCAACUUUGAUGAUAAUGCUGCUUUUCGUCAGAAAGAGAUUUUCGCUCUUCGGGAUCCAACACAAGAAGAUCCUCGUGAGGUUGCUGCAGCAAAAGCAGAUUUGAAUUACAUUGGUUUAGAUGGAGAAAUUGGUUGCAUGGUGAAUGGUGCUGGGUUGGCCAUGGCCACAAUGGACAUAAUUAAGUUACAUGGAGGAACUCCAGCCAAUUUUCUUGACGUUGGGGGAAAUGCCUCUGAAGGCCAGGUUGUGGAAGCCUUCAAAAUUCUGACUUCUGACGAGAAGGUGAAGGCUAUUCUUGUCAAUAUUUUUGGUGGGAUCAUGAAGUGUGACGUAAUAGCCAGUGGAAUUGUAAAUGCUGCUAAACAGGUUCAACUGAAAGUUCCUGUUGUUGUCCGUCUUGAGGGCACUAAUGUUGACCAGGGCAAGAGAAUCCUGAAGGAAAGCGGCAUGACUUUGAUUACUGCUGAAGAUUUGGACGAUGCGGCUGAGAAGGCAGUCAAGGCAAUAGCAAGCUGAUGAAAGAAAAGCCCUUCUUUUUUCCGGACGAGGUUGAUUGCAAUCAACUCUUCUUUUCACGUUUCUUAUUUUGUUUUCGGGUUAAUAUACAAAAAUCGAUUGAUUUGAGAAAUGAAAUUGAUGGGGUUUCUGACGGAAACCCUUUGGCUUUUGGUCUCCAUUGUUUUAUGGGGAAUAUUUUAAAUCAUUCUUGAUUUUGAUAUAAAAGUAGCAAGUUUUUCGUUCUCUAGUUUGCGAUGAAUUUCCUAAUCGAAAUCACCUCAUUGUAUUUAAUUUCUUUCCGUUUCAUUGUUAGUCGACUCGGACAGCUAAACAGAUAUCUCAGCCAACUCAGGCUCACCAUUGUUGGGCUCGAUAUGAGUCUGCAUGUAAAUUUAGGCCCAUCUUACUAUUAAUCACUCUCUCAACCAGUACCAGGAAUCCCUCUCGUUCU